UCGGCCGUGUGGUUCGCGUGCCGUCGCAAGCUCGCGGAAGCUCCGUUGCGCGCGCGAAGUAUCUCUGAGAGAGAGAGAGAGAGAGAGAGAGAGAGCGCAGCCUCUCUCUUUUUUAUUCUUCUUCCACUCGCAGGCCGAUUGUCUUCUCGUUGCGCUUCUUUCCUUUUGUUUCUUCUCCACUAAUUUCCCUUUCGCUCGAGGAGUGCGCGAAACAUACGAGAAGAAAAAUCCGGGGGUGAGUGUCGAUGUUUCCAUUCGCGGAGGUCAACGUACGUUACAAGAAUGCCUAACGAGAACGGACCAGUGUGUGCCUGCGGCGUGGUCGUCGACUUGAAGUCGCGAGACAGCUCGAUGGUCCCGCGUAAACUGACCAUCUUCGUGCCGAAAUCGAAGGGCAAUAAGAGUUCGGACGGCAAGGGCGCGCGGAAACAACAGGAUGAGGCGCGAGCGCCGAAGAUCCGCACGUUGAGCGAAAGCGGGAGCAGCAGUUCGGUGGUGGAGCCCAGGAGGAUUACGACCAAGAGCAGCAAACACGAGAAGCGGCUUAAUCACUCGCGAAGAACCCGCAGCGCGGACAGGGCCGAGUCGCAUUACACUUACAUCGAUUCCGACUCAAGUAUCCUGGGCGAAAGGAUCCGAGAGAUUACCAUCCCCGAAGCGCUGUACGCCACCAUACCGGAUACACCAAACUCGAGCAUUAAUAACUACGGGACUAGCCAGUUGAAUUCACAAAGCAGAUCGCAGCCUCUUUACGCUAUUCCGUCUAUGACGUCGCCGCCGCCGACGUACGACGUUGCAAUUGCGAAAACGCGACAGACUGGCUUGCCGCCGACGUACGAGGAGUACCUCUGUCACAAGUCUCGUUCGCACACUCCGCCGCCGCCGUGGUCCGACUCUAUUACGAUUACAUCGUCGUCGUCGUCAUCCAACCCGACCUCGAGUAUACAGGCGCGUCGCGAAUUCUUGGCCAGUCAGCCGGAGCUUCGCGAGUACUUGGCGCAGCUGACGCUCGCCCAGAGCGCCGAUCGUGGCUUGCACCACCUCCAUCAGCAUCAUCAGCAGCAACAGCAGCUGCAACAAUCCAGAGACCCGUCUUGUUCGUCGAAUCAGCAGACCCUGAGGGAACAGCAGGUCAGAGCGCAGCAGCGUGCACGAGCAAUGCCUCCCAGAUCGCAGAGCGUGAGUCGGGUUCAGCAGCAACGAAUCGCGACCAUGUACGAGGACGCUGCGUUCUGCAUGGAAACGACCGUACUGCAGUCGGCUUUCGACCAAGGAUUUGCCCUCUGUAGCUUGAUGUAAGAGAACGACCUCGGGCUGACGGCAGAGAUCGCGAGCACACGCUGAUACAUCAUCAAUCCGCGCGCGCAAUCGAGCUCUCUCGCGAAAGCUUCCCCGGCGCGCUGCGGGUCAAGCUGCAUCCAAGCCGUGACGAGAUGCGGCGCUUUUGGUUUUGGCAGACCGCAAGCGAUCGAUGUUAGCGAUACGACACUAUCCUUUGUCUCUAUCGAAUGUAACUGUCGGGUCUAAUAGCGGUAGGAUAAAAAUCGCCGACCACGGCGAUUGAGAUGUUUCAGUCGGGGAGUCCGGUUCUACAUUAAACCCGUCAAGUUGGAGGACCAGUGGCGAAUCUCGAGGUAUAACAUUGUAUUUUUAUGUUUUACUGAUACAAAUGAUUACAUACCGCCAUUUUGUCCCAAUGCGAACAAUUGGGAAUAUAUUUUAUGAAAAAGAUAAGGCCUACAAGGGUCGCGCGCUAAUCUUAACGUGAAUAAGUUCGAAUGGGAGGAUAAUAAUGUUUGACAGUGUUAUAUAUAUAGGCGCCGAAUAUUUUUCCGGUUUUAUAACGCGAUAAGUCAAACUUUCAAAAAACGACCCUCUGAGUCCCAAUUAUUAUUAUUUAAUUAAUCCCUCCCUUUAAAAAUUCCCAAAUACCUAACAUCAUUAUCCUCCCAUUCAGACUUAUUUGCACAACUGUGCAACUAUAAGAACGCACAGAUCUUAUCUUUCUCUUAAUUAAGUACAUACCUUCAAAGCUUUUGAUAUAUACAAUUCACGUCAAUGCUGUUAAGUUUCAAUGCUACAAAUGCUAGUAUUACAUAGCGUUUUGUCAAAGUAUAAUGAAACAUUCGGGAAUUAUUUAAUAUUUGGUUAUCUUAAAACUUUACCUGCAUUUCGUCCUUAUUCUUAAUAUUAGUCAGCAAUGUAUUGAUUAUGUAAUUUGUUCACAAAUAGAGUAUAAUGAUAAGCAAAUAUUAAAUAAUUUAAUGAAGAUUUUGAUAGGUAAGUGAGUAUACAAAACAACCAGUUUUUUUUUCUCUUAUAGAAUUAUAUUAUAUAAUAUAUUAUUAUAUUAUAUUAUAUAAUAGUCAGUAGAAUUUAAAGACGCAAGUAUAGGGCUGGAAAAGGAGGAGUAAGCCUGCGACAGCCGCUGCAUCCUGCGUCCUGUAUUCUGUCCUACAGUUAACUCCUGGUUAUCUCGCUUCAUGAUCUCGGAAGGAGUCAAUCAGAAAAGCAUUACUGUAAAUUAAAGAGCGCCCGUUAAUCAACGACAAAUGUCGAGUGCUACACUUUCGAUUCGUUCAAAAUUAUCAUAAUCAUUUAUGGCUGGACAAUUUGAUAACAGACUUUUGACCACUUAAAAUAUUCCGGAAUAUUUCGAGGAACAUCGAGAACAUUGAUUGCUGUGAUUUUCUUAGCCACUGCGCAUGCUUGUCACUGAUUGUUGAGCAACGACGGUUUGUAACUGACGGCAGGUGACUUUGAUUUUUUCGAAGGUGUCCAUUGUUUUGAUACCGCCAUGCGUCGCGUACUUGUCCGCGAGCGUGUCAUUGUAUCUCGCGCCAACGAGCAACGCACUAUGGACGUAGCGUAUUUAAACCGAGUGUUUCCCUUUGUUUGAGGAAUGGGGUUUGAGGUACACGUAGAAAAGGACGCACACUGUUUUAUGCCCUUUGCGUUCUCUUCAGAGCGUACGAGAGUGAACACAGGCGGCACGAAACAGCGUGAGUCCUUUUCUACGUGCACCUUCUCGUCGGCCGCCAUUCCUCACCACUCGGUCUCUGUAUGUACUAUUUACGCACACAUCGCGACGCGGAGCGUGUGUGUCGGCGAGUUGUUUACAAUUCCCGUUAGGUGUAGCGGAAAUCUUUUGUCGGUUAUUGAAAUAUUUAAUCGUACAUUUUUCAUUGGUUACUGAGAUAUUUGAUCUAUUCAGGAUCGCGUUAGUUGACACAUGUUUCUCUGAUUCUGAAUCUAUAUAAGCGCGAGUGUCACUAUUUGUGUUCGGCGCGAGGAGGCAGCCGGAAGCAGGAUGCUGAAGCGGUAAGCCAGAAUGCAGGACGCAGGAUGCCGGUACGCGGGCAGCGAAACAGCUCCAGGUGUGGCAAAUUAUUUAUUACGCAGAGUGUUUCCGACUUUUAUGGACACCGACGAGCUUACCGAGAGUGACGGACAUUAAGGUAGAACAAUAGUCUGUAUAGUGUUGCAUCUCGAGAUCCUCUAUUGAUACUUCAAGUUGGUUGGAAUUUGUUGAAUUAAUGUACACAAAGAAGAUAUUGCAGCAAAGAUCACGUUAAAAUUAUACUUUUUUUUAUAAAGCUUUUUUUUGUAAAGUUGAAUUGUACUGCAAUUGUAGCAUAAAUUAUAUUAUUACUACAGAAAUAAUAAUUAUUAAUAGAAAUAGUAUUAUUUAUUACGGAAAUAGUACAAAUUUAACGAUCUAACUGAUAUAUCCCAAACAGCAUAGCUCUCCAUAGGACAUCCUUUCUCUUUCACUCUAAAUAUGUCCUGAGAAUGUCCCAAAGACAUCCUCUGGAGAUUUUGUGCUGUUCGGGAUGCGAUAUAAAAAACAUUCAAGUAAUUAUAAUAAUUUUAUAGUCACAUCAAACGUACGUAACAUGCAUAAUUUUUUAUUAAAUAUGCAGCAAUUUCAGUCACAAUCUCUGUAUGAUCCACGACUACAAAAAGUUUGUUUUAACUUUUGCUGCAAUACUUUCUCUAUGUAAAAGCAGAAUUUCGAUUCGGAAAAUGUCUACCUUCUUAGCAUAAUAAAGGAGAAACGCAAAUCGCACAGUUACUUAACCAAGGGUACAGGUCGCGAGAGAUUCGACGGAAUUUGAAAGAUCAAACACGCGUGACUUGGACGUAAGUACGAAAUAGCCGUUUGUGCGAUUUUCGGUAACUCGGACUGUCGAGCCGUCUACAUAAGCGACGUCAGCAAAGGCUGGGAACGUCUCCUCGUUGAUCUGGAAAAAUUAGGGCGCGUUCGUUAACCGUCUUUAUCCUCUGUGCGAGCGAGCUGUAUCCGAUCUAAUUCCGAUUGCCUUCGAUUCCCCUGGCUGGUCCGGGUCGCCAAGUUUUUCCCAUUUCCUCUACGUGGACGCGCUGGUCGCCGAAAUAGCGGGCUUUGCCGUAACACGCUUGCCGCGUUGUGAGUUUCGUUCUUCCGCGAACAUAAAGCUCACUCUUUGUCCGCUGACAAACGUCACUCGUGUCAUACCUUUCUUUUUUUUUUUUCUUUCGGGGAAUAAAACCCCCGACGGGUCUAUUUCACCUCGAACAUCGUUGAUUUGUUGAAGAGUGACGACCGAGAAUAUCAGCUAGUCGAAACUAAUGCUGAAACUCUCCGUUUGAUAUUUCUAGCAAGAGGAGAGAGAUAGAGAGAGAGAGAAAGAGAAAAGAAGGGAAAAUAGAGGAAGAAAACGGCGAUAAUGCAAUCUUGUUAUUUCUCAAAAUUAUAUUAUAAUUUAUAACUAAUUUAAUUUAGUACUAGCUAAUUUAAUACGGGGAGAGAGAGAGAGAGAGAGAGAGAGAGAGAGAGAGAAAGAGAGAGAGAGAGGGAGAGAAUAAAAUGGAGUUGCGGGAGAAGAAAUUAGCAUGAUUUCAUUUUUCGUUUGGUGGCAAACUUUGCCACUCGCGGGAUUUAAUUUGCGAUUUCAUAAUUGCAAUAUUUAACACUCAGUGCACACAUUCAGCAUUCAAAUUUGUCCCUAUUUACAUACAUACAAGAGUUAGCGUAACCCUUAUUUUCGUUAGCGUAUUUUCUUUUCUUGUUACACGGGUUCUAGUUCAUCGAUGUGAAUGUUUUUUUUUUUUAAUCGAUAGCUUAUAAAGAUUAAAGAAUAAAAUUAUAUGAAUUAGAAAGUUAGAAAUAUCCCGAUACAAAAGAUAUUUUGCAAUAAGUAAAGAAAAGAUUUUGAAAUUGUGAAAAAACCGUUUUGUUCCAAAUUGUUGUAAUUAAAAAAAAAUGACAUUUUUUAAAGUCUUAAAAGUGACAAAUGAAUAGCUAAAGAGUUGAAAUUUAAUUUAAAAAACUGGUAUUAUGAUUUAUUCUAAAAAAUAUAUUUUUACAGCGAGGUGAAAUUAAGUGAUUUCAUAGUUUUAGCAAAAAUAAGUUUAUAAUCGAAAAUUGCUGUUUUUUGAUGAAAAUAAAUAUAAGAAAGAUAAAUAAAAUGCUUUUAUGAUUAUUAUAUAGAAAAUGUUUAUAAUUUAAAUGUUGGCCUUAUCAAUAUUAUUGUGCCGAGAAAAGACAGACAUAUUGAAAUUGUCAGAAAAUUCAGACAUAUUUGAAAUUUAUCUUUAAAAUAUUUAUUCAUUUAUUGUUACAAAGUAAGCAUACUCUACUGAAAAACAGUCGAGGACUUUAACACGAGACGCUAAGUUUGCUUUACUGUUAAAUAAACACAUUAAUAAGUCAAUGAAAUAUUGCUUAAAAGAUAUGUAUUUAUUUUAUUUCUAUUGGCAAAACUCAUUUUUAAUUUAAAAACAGUUAUUACGCUUAUUAGUACGCUUAUGUAAAUACGCUUUGUGGUUCAAAAAAACACGUCAAGCCACGCGCUAUACCUCUGAUACCUUUUUCAUUGAAUAACAACAUAAUAUUAAUGUAUUUCACUUUUUAUGAGUUACAUAUACGAAAUUACAAAUAAUUUAAUAAAUCACUUUAACCUAUAUUUUUAGUUUUCAAAAUUUAUUGACUUUCUUGCUACUCACAUAUACUGGGUUACGCUAACCCUCGCAAUCAACUGUCGAUCUUCUGGCUCGACUGUUUACAGCGCACUCAGGCUGCCGAAUAGGGGAUUUAUGGAGGGAAUACACAAGUUUUUCCUCCUCAAACCUCAGCGCCCUACUAAAAACCUCGUAUUGCUUUUAAACGCCGCAUGUCUGAAAAACAAACAGGAUUACACUAUCCAUGCUACGUUUCAAAACUCUACUCGACAGGCAUAGUAAAAUUUAAUUGAUCAAUUAGGAUAAAGAGAACUAAGAUUUCUUCAUCUCUCUUUCUCGUGAUUGCCUAAUUGAAUGUUAUUCUACGCGCCGCACAGUGUGCCAAAAAGCACAUUUGGUGGACAAAAUUCUGCCUACAUCACAAAUCUGUAUCGAUUUUGAUGAAACUUUUUUUAAAAUACUCGUGAAUAAUUUUAUUAUAAUGUCUCACUGCUAAAAAUUUGAAAAAGUAAACAUAACCCCAAAAAAUAACCCCAAAUUCCAUUACUUGUUACCCCUCUAAUUACCUCAAACUUCAUAACACCAUGGUCCAAAACUCCAUCAUUCUAAAUCUUAUAGUCCCAUAACUCCAAAAUCUGAUUACCCACGAGUUGAAAACCCCAUAACCUUAAACCCCAUAAUCCCAAACUCCAUAAUCCCAUAACGGGGUUAUGGAGUUUCGGAUUAUGGGGUUUUUAACUCGUGGGUAAUCAGAUUUACGAGUUAUGGGACUAUAAGUUUUGGAAUGAUGAAGUUUCAAACCAUGGUGUUAUGAAGUUUGAAGUAAUUAGGGGUAACAAGGAAUGGGGUUAUUUUUUAGGGUUAUAUUUACUUUUUUCAAAUUUUUGGCAGUGAGAUAUUAGAACUAUUCAUGAGUAUUUUAAAAAAAGUUUCAUCAAAAUCGAUGCAGAAUUUUGUCCACCAAAUGUGUUUUUUAGCACACUGUGCGUCGAGUAGGAUUUUGGAACGGAGCGUGUGUGUGUGUGUGUGUGUGUGUGCGCACUGAGGGUUAACGUCGCUAACCGAAAAGUUAGAAGCGCAAAUCCCGGAUUGAAUUUUCCCCCGCGGACACAUGCCGCGGCUUUAUUUUCCUUCGCGAGACGACGAACAAUCGCUACUUUUCGGCAACGCCUGACACGUGGAGAUUGCUUCGACCGGAGAUCUCAUUGCGUUGCGUGACUUAUAAUAACUACAACGAUGGUUAGUAAUCGUAAGUAAAAAUAAUAAUAAUAACUAUCAACGGAACUAUUUUCAUCUUACAUCUAUCGUCGUACUCAGCCGUUUCGUGCUGUCACGUUUAGCAUAGGCGAUUUGUAAACGGACGGAUGCUGUAGGCAUUCGACAUCUAACACACAUGGUCCUAACGACAUACAAAGCAGAAAGUAGUGUGUAAAGUGUGUAAAGUCGAUGUUAAUAACGUGUCACACUAUAGCGUUGAUCCGCGCCGAUUGAAGCGCGCGAGAGAACCGCACAUUAAAGUUACUAGUCACUAUUUUAGACGUGAAUAAAACGAGAAUAUCGCAACUCUAGUCGAAUAUUAUAUUAUCAGAUAUUUACGCGAUUGAGUUGACAUCUGAGCAAAACGUGUUUUCUUUCCGCUUGCUAUUUUAGCGCUGCCAGUCGAGCGGAUUGAAACGUAAUGUAGUAUGUACGUGUGUAAGGGAAAUUCGGGAAACGCGUUAUCCCGUGUAGGAUUUUACGAUAUAGGGCGGGCCACUACUAGAUGCCAAAUUUUCGAUGUCGGCCCGACAUAUCGAUUUACGAAACGGCCGGAGCCAAUAUUGGCCCGGCGUUCGAUCACAGUCGUAUAAUAGUUUAGGUUCAACAGCAGCAGCAGCCAAUUCUUGGCCGAGCAUUCGCAUUCGUCACAUCAAUCACGAGAGCGAAGUAACGACGAGUCGCACAAAUUUUUCGAAGGAAAUAAAAACUCCCCCGACACAUUCUCCAUUUCCUCGUCUAAAUAGAUCUUGACGUCUUUGUGCGCGCGUUUACCACGUGUCGUAUAUCGUACGCGUGAAAUACGUGUUACGAUAAAGGUAAAACAUACGAUGAGCGUAAAACGCGUGCGGCGCAAAAAACCGAGAAAAAUGGUGCUUGUUUUUCACAUUCCUACGUCGAUUUUUUGCGCCGAGGCAGUUUUUUUUUUAAGCUACCGCAUACAAUGUGGAGUCUGUGAGACUCGAACAAAUAUUCGAUUGCUCACCGAAUUUCAUAAAAGGUCCGGGAAAAUUUCAGAACAGCAAAUCUGUUAGCAGAUUUUUAUUUUAGCUGAGGUUCUUCUACAUCUUUGGAAGAAAAUGUGUCCAAAAAUAUUAAUUUUCGACAGUCAUGGUGAUUCAAAGCUGCCCAAAGCUGACAAACGUAAUUUGUGUAUUUCAAAAAAUAUGAUUGUACACAGAGAAAAUAUGAUUCUACUGCUAAGAAA